AGAUAACAGCUCUGAGUCUUCUCCUAUAACGCCUGAUGAGGUUGGAGAAUACAUGGCGAGGGAUCUGAGACCGUUCCUCCAUACAGAAUCACUCCAGAUCCUUCACAUUUUGAGAUCCACGCUGGAAAUUAUUGUGUAAAACAAUAACAUGGAUAACAUCAACAACUUGAUGUUGGACACAGGCGUAGUCCUUUCCCUUCAUUCCAUUCUAGAUAAUAUGAGUACCAACCUUUUUAUUCUUAGCUGUUUUCCUGUUGGGUGUGCGUGAAGAGCAAGGCGGAAACUGUGCCUCUAAAUUUCCAUAGAACUGCUUCAACUCGUUCUGACUACAACUGAAAGCAAUCCUGUCAUCACACAGCACUCGAGACAGGGAAGGCUGAGAGACGAGCUGCGGUUCAUAAUGCUUGUAAAUCCUUAAGUGCUCAGAUAUAGACUGGGUUCAGUUGUGAUUUACAGACAGCAGUGAAUUUUAGGAUGACUCUGAUACCUGUUUGACCUGAUGCCCAGUGCAACCUGCAAAGAAUAGACAAUGGGUGCCUUAAUUAUAAUCCUGCAAGUAACUCUACUCCUCUCCAGUGUCGGCUUCACCGAAUCCUCUGAGCUUCUGCAAUGCUUUAACGAUUAUGACACCGAGCUAAAGUGCAGUUUGACCGUGGAUGAUCCCGACAGCUGUUCCAAAAACAAACUCAAUGCUUCAAUAAUCUUCACUAAUAACAGGAUGUAUACCUGCCAUUUUGAUGAAAUCCGACACGGUGCGUGUGAAUGCAGAAUCCAAGUGGCAGGGUUUGUCAUUACGGAGACAUUCACGGUAAACGUGUCGAAAGGAGACGAGAUUUGGCACACAGAGACGAUCAAUACUGAAGAAAGCAUCAAGCCUAGAAGACCGAUCAUCACGUCAGUCAUUCAGAACAUAAACGGAGACUUUCUCAUUAGCUUGAACACCACCUACAUGAAGAAACCUUUCUCUGACUCACUGAUUGUAGAGCUCACGUACGGCAUUGCUGGAAGCAAUGAUUUCGUGACACAGAUUUUGGCAGUUGGUCAGACUACAUAUGAGAUUGUGGGCAGGAACCUACAACCUAAUUCCAGAUAUACUUUGAGAGCGAGAGUGAAAUCGAACUACCCUCCUAGUAAGACAUUCAGUGACUACAGUGAAGCACAUGUGCUCAAAACACCACUAUCGUUACAAAACCUUCUCAAGAUAAUAAUCCCCAUCUUAUGUCUCAUUCUGACCAUUUGUGUAUGUUCAAUCUACUUCUGGUUCAACAGAGUCCUAAAACCAUGGUGGGACAAGAUUCCUACUCCGAAAUUUUCUACGAAUUUUGUAAAACAGGUCCCACAGUUUCUGUCAUUUCAAAACGAGUUCUCGUCUGUCAGUCUUGAACCAACAGCAAACCACAAGACAACAUGUGUGGAAUCUUCUCAAGUCCAGUGUAAAGACAGUCAAUAUAGCAUCAGUCUCGGAAAAGACGUCGAUUCGGCGCCACUGAUCUGCUCCAUGACAGACUACCAGAGCGUGGACCAGAACAGCUCUGAAGAUGUUCGGUGUGGGCUUGAUAAGGAAAACCAAUCUACAACCCUCAACCAAUUGAAUGAAAUCAGCAAUAGGACAUAUUCACCAUCAAACUCCAGCAGCUCGUACUUUUUUAAACAGCCAGUUGCAAACAUUUAUCCGAGUGAGAACUUCCUGGUGUCGUCUAAGAACCUGGACCCAAUGAUACAGACAGAUUUUCAGUACAGCGUGUUGAGCCAUUGUACAGACUCAGGAAUCUCCGAACUGAUUCAUAUCAUGCCCCCCAAGAACGAGACAGCUGUGGUUCUUGGAUAUCAGAGCUUGGAUGACCAGGAUGGUCUUAUCUCUUGUGACGAUCCGAUUAUAGAGAAGCCAUUUAGCAUUAAGGAACUACAGGAUGUUCCGUUUUCCGUCUGUGAAAGCAUCAUUAUCCCAAUGGACGAGGAUUAUCAAUCUUUUUAAUCAAGUGUAACCUGAUAUAAUUAUAAUAAUUAUAAUGAAAUGUCACCUUGGUUUAAGAAAAGUGUUCUAACCAGACACUGCUAUACACCUCUGUAGAUAUGUUUACAUUAUGAUAUAAAGUCUUGUGGGUU